GUCCCCUGGCUGUGAAUGGCUUCUUCUGUAUCGCGCUGCAGGCACGUAGCACAUGUCGGAGACGGAGCGGAGCUCUUCGAGCAGAACCGAACCGAACCCGAAUAAGACAGAUGAGGGGGAGUGGUUCUUCAAUUCACCCAGGAGGAGAUGAAUCGAUUCAUUGAAAACCUCCAAGUCUGUUUUUAUCCAAACAUCUCAUUCAUCAUUUGACUGCUGCGGCAUUUUUCACCUCAUGUGACGGAGCAGACUGAGUGAACUUUUAUUCAGCUGCUCAGACUGGAAGGAAGAAACUACAGAGAAAUGGAGAGGUGCAAAAACGGCUUGUCGUCGGACAGAAACGUGCUGUGCCUCUUUGACGUGGACGGAACCCUGACAGCUCCAAGAGAAAAAAUCCACCCACAUCUGGAUGAGUUCUUCCAGACUCUGAGGAGGAAGGUGAAGAUCGGCAUCGUUGGAGGCUCCGACUACCCCAAGAUCGCAGAGCAGCUCGGGGAGGGAGAUGAUGUGAUUCACAAGUUCGAUUAUGUGUUUGCUGAAAAUGGAACAGUUCAGUACAAAGAUGGGAAACUUCUCUCAAAACAUGCGAUUCAAAACCAGAUUGGGGAGGAGCUGCUGCAGGAUCUGAUCAACUUCUGUCUCAGCUACAUGGGGCUCAUCAAGCUGCCAAAGAAAAGGGGGACUUUUAUUGAGUUCAGGAACGGAACAAUUAACAUUUCCCCCAUCGGUCGAAGCUGCACGCCCGAGGAACGAAUAGAAUUUUCUGAAUUAGAUAAGAGAGAAAAAAUCAGGGAGAAAUUUGUUGCUGCUCUGAAAAAGGAAUUUGAUGGAAAGGGACUUCGUUUCACCAAAGGUGGUCUCAUCAGUUUCGACGUGUUCCCUGAGGGCUGGGACAAGAGGCUGUGCCUGGACCUGCUGGAGAACGAAGGCCUGGACGCCAUCUACUUCUUUGGCAACGAGACUUCAGACGGAGGAAACGACUAUGAAAUUUUUAACGACCCUCGGACUAUUGGUUUCACCGUCUACUCUCCCGAGGACACAGCCAGACUCUGUCGAGAACUUUUCUUUGAAUCUUCACCCCGUGACUCCUGAUGUUCUGGUCCAAACUCUCU